AUGGACCGAAGCCCCAAUGGCUGCUGGACGUGUCGCAUCAGGCACCGCAAAUGCGACGAGGUGUCCCCGGCCUGCCGCGAAUGCACCGACCGCGGCAUAACCUGCCAUGGCUACGGCCGCAAGCCCGCCUGGGUCGACGACGCGACGCGGCUGCGCGAGGAGCUGGCCCGGAUCAAGCGCGCUGUAAAUGACAACUUUCGGCGCACCCGGAGGAAACAGCAGCAGCGACGACGAAGCUCUGGCAGCGUCCCGCAGGAUCAUGAGCCGAGCCCUGCCGUUGCAGCACCGACGCCCAGCGCCAUCACGGCCGUGGGCACAGGCGCUUCCCACGAGACGUCCUUUCGCGAGGCGCAGCUGCUGAUUCACUACCUUGACUACAUCUUCCCCAUGCAGUACCCGUACUACAGAGACGACCCAGCGCUCGGCGGCCGCGGGUGGCUCUUCUGGCUGCUCAUGAAGCGAGGUCCGUUGCACCAGGCGGUGCUGACGCUCGCGGCGCUGCACCACCACGUCGAGUUUGCGCACGCGCCGGAGAGGGAAGGGUCGGAAGACAGAGACUCGGAGCUGCUGGGCUACCACACUAACGCGUUGCAGCGACUGCGCCAGGUCAUCUCCGAGUGCGACGCGGAGCGCUUUGCCGAGAACCGCGAGCAGCUCAUCGAGUUUCUCGCGUGCGGCUCGGCGCUCAUCAGCUUCGAGCUCUUCCAGGGCGGCGUCACCAACUGGCAGCCUCACCACAACGCCCUCGUCUCCGUCGUCAACCGGCUCUCUCCCGAGGCGAUGGCGCGGCGCGGCGCGGACCCCGACCAGCCGCUCCUCAGCGGUAUCGACCUCGCGGAGCGGUUCCUCGUCACGAAAGUGGUGUGGCUGGACGUGCUGGCGGCAACGGUCACGGGCACCGCCCCGCGGACGCGGUACGCCGAGUGGCUCGACGUCGAGGGCGUGGACAUGUCACGCGUCAUGGGCUGCCGCAAUUGGGCUAUGCGCGCCAUUGGCGACUUGGCCAGCGUCGCCGCCGAAGGCGAUGCGGAUGGCGAGCUGGAUGGAAGAGCCAUUGAUCGCAUCAAGAAACGGCUUGAGGAGGGCCUAAAUGCCCUUGACACAGAAUCGGAGUCCUCGCCGCCGAUAAGCGACGCGCUGACCAAGGUGUUCGCCUCUGCGGCGCUCGUGCAGCUACACACGACCGUCCCAGGUACCAGCCUCGCGGAGGCCACGGUACACAACGCCGUCUCUCGGGUCAUUGACGCGCUGCGCGAGCUGCCGAGCUGGGUAGCGGUGCGUGGCCUGGCAUGGCCGAUAGCCGUCGCCGGAUCGGUGGCGACGGCCGGGGAGCAGCAGGACUUCUUCGAGGAUCUGAUGAGACAGCGCGUGCUCGACGGGUCCGGCGGCGGCUUCACCAACUGCGGCACGGUGCUGCGCGUCCUGGGGCAUUGCUGGGAACACGCGAAGCAGUGGCCCGGCGAGACGUGGACGUGGAGGGACGGCAUGGCGGACAUGGGCAUCUGCGCAUUGCUCAUCUGA